AUGAAAAACGAUUUUCUUUUCCCAGCCAGUGACGAAUUUUAUCAAUUAUUGAAACCGAAAAAUGAGUAUCAUGAAUAUUAUCGACAGACGCUUAUCCCCAGUCAUUUAAAAACGCUAAAAUAUAAUCUCGCCCAUGAGAACAGAGACCUCUUUUUUUUUGAAAUUAGCACGGUUGCGGAUCCUUUUUACCAGGAAGAAUUGCUGGUUUUGAGUGGAGUAGGAAAAUUUUUUAAUCAGCCACUUCACAAGUCAGUCCGGACAAUCGAUUUUUACUGGCUAAAAGGAACGCUGGAAAACAUUUUUGAAUUGUGGCAAAUUGGUGCAGAAAUUUCUUUUGCUCCUGCCUCUUUUGAACACUUAUAUUCACCCCAGAGUGCAGAAAUAUUACUCGGUUCCAAAAGAAUAGGAUUUUUGGGCUGUAUUCACCCCCAAAUUGCCCAAAAAUAUCAAAUUAGCGAGGAGCCGGUGGCCAAUUUCCCCCCCAGCCGCAAAGAUUUAUCUUUCAUUUUCCCAACCAGAAUUAAUUAUAAUGAAGUAAUUAAAGAAAUAAAAAAAAUUGCCGGCCGUGAUUUACAAGAAAUAAAAGUUUUUGAUGUUUACCAAAAUGCUGAAUUAAGAAAUAACGAAAAAAAAUCAGUUAGUUUUCAUCUGAUUUUUCAAAGCGCCAGUCAAACCCUACAAAACAAAGAAAUAGAAAAAACGUUGCAGAACAUUAUUGAAAAAGAAAAAGAAAAAGCAAUCAUUGAAAGAUUUACUAAAAAUCUUAAUAAGGAAACUAAAGUCAAUGAAUUAGCCAUAAUUGGCCGGGAGAGGGAAAUUAAGCAAUUAAUUUAUAUUUUGUCGCGCAUGAUGAAAAAUAACCCCUUACUGAUUGGCUAUCCAGGAGUAGGAAAAACGGCCUUGGUGGAAGGUUUGGUUCAAAGAAUCAAGCAAGAGAGAGUGCCUGAUUAUUUGCGCGGCAAAACUGUUUAUCAAUUAGAUAUGAUGUCUCUAAUGGCCGGAACUAAAUUCCAGGGUGAGUUAGAAGAAAGAUUAAAGAUAAUUUUUAAUUUCAUGGCUCAGCCGGAAAAUAAUGCUAUCCUUUUUAUUGAUGAAAUCCAUUUAAUUGUAGGUGCUGGUCGUAGUCAGGGCGCUCUGGAUAUUUCUAACCUCCUCAAACCUCUGCUCUCUCGGGGUGAAAUUCAGUGUAUCGGAGCCACCACCCAAGAAGAAUAUCGUCAGUAUAUUGAAAAAGAUGGGGCUUUAGUGCGUCGCUUUAGCAAUAUAUUAGUUACUGAGCCAGGUCGUGAGGACACAUUAAAGAUUUUACAAGGUAUUCGCGAUUAUUUCGAGAUUUACUACGAAUUGAAAAUUUAUGAUGAUUCCUUGCUAGCCGCUGUUGAUUUUUCCCAACGCUAUCUCACCACCACCUAUUUGCCGGACAAAGCAAUUGAUUUAUUGGAUGAAACUUGUGGACGG